AGAGGAGCCUUUCAUUCUGGGCUCCUGGACAGUCCUAGGUUUUGUCUGAACCCACAGAAGGCUUUACGGUGGGAGGUGGGGCCCGCUUCGUCAGCCAGGCGGCCUCCGAAAGCGCCAGGCCCAAGGUGGUUGCCGCAGCCGCGGGGCUGGGUUCAGGCGUCCACGCCUCAGCUCGCGCUGUGCUGUCCCUUCCCCCGCUCGUCUCCGCCCGCCCUGGGGCCCGCGGUCGCCCGCCCGUCGCGCCAUCUUCUGUCAAGGCUCCCGGUCCCCGGGCGUUUGUAUUUCCGAAGUGAGUUUUUCUUGGCUGUAAAUGAAUUGACAGCGAAAGUUUUCUUCAAAAAUGGAUGGAAUGUCUUCAGAGGCCAAUGAAGAAAAUGACAAUACAGAGAGACCUGUUAGAAGACGGCAUUCCUCAAUUUUGAAACCCCCAAGGAGUCCUCUUCAGGACCUCAGAAGUGGGAAUGAAACAGUUCAGGAAUCCAAUGCUUUGAGAAAUAAGAAAAGCUCUCGUCGAGUCAGCUUUGCAAAUACUAUAAAGGUAUUCCAGACAGAGUCUCAUACGAAAACAGUGAGAAAGUCAGAAAUAACAGAAACAGAAGCAGGAGAAAAUGUUCUGUUUACCUGGGAUAAGAAUUCAGAAGAUAAUUAUUGUGAGAUUACUGCGAUGAAUACAUUGCUUUGUGCUCCCAUUCAGACCCAGAUACAGGAAAGAGAGUUUUCAAGUAUAGAACACAACCAUGAAGGGAAACAUGCAAAUGAUCAGACAGUCAUCUUUUCAGCUGAAAACCAGAUGGAUCUGACAGCAAGUCAUACUGUGUUGAUUACCAAAGACCUUUCAGAUUGUUCCAAAAAUGAAAAAUCCACUAAGAUAGAUACCACAUCCUUUCUGGCUAACUUAAAGCGCCACACUGAGGAUUCAAGAAUGAAAAAAGAAUUAAAAUUUUCCACGGAUCAAAACACUUCAGAAAAGAAAAUAAAUUCUAAUGACUUCAUAAAAAGAUUGAAAACAGGGAAGUAUAAUGCUUCUCCUUUUACAGGGGGUAAUAAAGAAAAUUCUGAAAUUCCCAUUUAUUCCAAGGAAUCAAAUAAUGUCCCUUUCAUCCAUCAAAUAUGUACAUCUCUUAAUGUAGAUGAGAAAAGUAGUAAUGUGACUAGAAUCUUUAGAGGACAAGAUGAUGGAAUGAAUUUCACCCAGUGUCACACAGCCAAUAUUCAGACUUUGGUUCCCACAACCACUGAGGCCAACUUAAGGGAAUUUAAAAGUGACAUUACAAUUUAUGGCAAUGACUGUAUGGACUUGACAAUUAACCACACAUUACAGGUUUUACCCUCUGCAGAUACAGACAAAGAAAAUCAAACUCAGACUGUCAUGGAUAUUGCAACAGAUAAUGGAACUAAAGCUCUAGGGAAGAACACAAUCUUUAAGAAUAACUUAAAUGUUGCUUUUCCAGACCCUUCCUUAAACCCUGAAGAUAAAGUACAUAUAACCAGAAAUCAUAUUAGAGAGUCAGAAACUUGCGCAAUCACUCAGACUUCUGAUCGAGAUGCCAGAACAUUGUCAGUGACCCAAGGAUCUAUUUGUUAUAGUCCACUUAUUCAAGGUAAUAAGACAGUUUUUUACUCUACUUGUAAUGAUGCCAUGGAACUCACCAAGUGUCUCUCAAGUGUGAAAGGGGAGACAACUUUGCUAAAGCAUGAUAAUAAUUAUUUAAAAGUAUGUCCCAAUCCAGAUGCCAUCCCUUGUCUCAUAGAGAAAACUGUUUACUCAGGAGAAGACAGCAUGGACAUUACCAAGAGUCACACAGUUACAAUAGACAAUCAAAUUUUUAAACAAAAUCAACCAGAUGUACAGAUAGCAGCCUCACCAAUAUCUGAAAAGGAAAUGAUGCUCCAAAAUUACACAACUGGAUCAGAAGAUAGAAAAAUGAAUGUAAAUUAUAGCUUAGUUCCUGGUGUACCUAAGGGAAUAUUACAGUGGAGCCUGCCCUAUCAUGAUGAAGAUUCUCCUCCAUCAGCUGUUUAUAAUGAGGACAUAGCAACAAACCACAAUAUAGUAUAUUCUGGGGCAGUUCUUGAUAAACAAGCACCACUAAGAAAUAAUAGAAAUACAAUUUCAAGUGAGAACUUGACAAUUAACCACACAUUACAAGUUUUACCCUCUGCAGAUAAUUCAUCUGAAACAGAAAAUCAAACUCAGACUGUAAUGAAUAUUGCAGCAGAUUAUGGAAUUAAAGCUCUAGGAAAGAACACAAUCUUUAAGAAUACAUUUUCUAACUCAGAGCCAUUAUUUUCAUCAGAAAGACAGUCUGACAUGAAGAAUUAUAAUAUUGCUGUAAACAGUCAUAUAGUGAAAUCAGUACUAGGCCAGAAUUCUAUACUUUCUGAGCCACUGAGGAAAAGUUUAGGUGAUCCUACACAUGACCGUUCUCAUGAUAAGUUGAGUAUUUUUUCAGAGGAGGAGCAAGCUAUGGAUCUAACUAAGAGUCACACUGUUGUCAUUGGAUUUGGUCCUGCUGAACUACAGGAAAUUAGUAAUACUAAUGUAGAACCCAGAACCACCCAGCUCCCAAGAGAAAGCAUACAGACAGCUGUAAAAGUGGAAAAAUGUGAUGAAAGUCCUGUACAGAAAACUGAAGUAUUUAUGUGUAAUGAUAAGGACAUGUUAGAAGACAAAGAUAUACAGAAACCUGUAUUCCUAAAAGAAAAACAAAAUGUCAAAAAUUGUGGAAGGAAAAGUGUUGGUGCAGUAAAAAUUGAUAAGACUAUGGUAUUUUUAGAGGAUGAUGAGAAUGAUAUGGAUAUCACUAAGAGUUACACAGUGGAAAUAAACCAUAAACCUUUAUUAGAUAAACCUGACUCUCAUCUGGUACCUUUGGCAGGAACUUCUAAAUCUAUUUUGUAUGCAUGUUGGCAGGAUGAUAUGGAGAUCACUAGAAGUCACACAACUGCUUUAGAAUGCAAACCUAUCUCACCAGAUGAAAUAACCUCUAGGCCUAUGGACAAAACUUUAAUAUUUGUAAAUAAUCAUGAUGAACUAGAAAUGACCAAGUCCCAUACUGUUUUCAUUGACUUCCAAGCAGAAGAGAAAACCAUACUUCCGGAUAGAACUACCUCUGAACAAUCCAGAAGGAAAAGCUUACAAAACCCAAAAGCGACAUCUGGUGAGGAGAAUGUAUUCUUUUCUGAAAAUGACCGCCCAGCACCAAUAGGUGAACAGGUAACAGUGCUAGAGGAAUUGUCUAAUAUAGGCCCUACAGAGAAAGCUAUAGCACCUAUAUCUGAUGAGAACAUGGACAUGUCUAAAUUAACCACUUGGAAAAAUGUUGAAGAUAUACAAAAGCCUGGAUCUGUGAAUGAACCUCUAUCAGUCAAAAGUCAGAGAAGAAAAAGCCUUAGGCUCAAAAAUGACAAGGCCAUUGCAUUUUCAGAGAAUGAUAAAAAUGACAUGGAUAUCACCCAGAGCUGUAUGGAGGGAACAAAUAGCAAAAGUGCUCUUGAAGAGAGGGAGGACUUCAGUGUGGUACCUUUGACUGGAAUCUCUAAAACUGUUUUAUAUGCCUGUGGGCAGGAUGACAUGGAGAUCACCAGAAGUCAUACGAUUGCCUCAGCAUAUAAAACUGUGUCACUAGACAAAGUAACUAUUCGGCCUAUGGAUAAAACUGUAAUGUUUGUAGACAAUAAUGAUUUGGAAGUCACCAAGUCCCAAACUGUUUUCAUUGAUUGUCAGGCCACAGAGAAAAUACUUAAAGAAUAUCCUAAAUUUGGAGUAACAAGAGAAAAUAAUCUGAGUGUUCAUUUUCCUAAGGAUGAUAGCUAUGUUGAAGAAAUCACUAAAAACCAAGCACUGGCUGUAGAAAACAAAGUUGUUCUUCAACCUGAGCCAAAGGAUCAUAUGAUACCUCUUGUUCUUACUAAUACAUUCUCUAGGCAUCAAAGUGAAAUGGAAAUAAUCAAAUUCCAUGAGGUUGUUACAGAUGAAAAGGUCAUGGAAAAAGUUGUAGACCAGGUUUAUACAUUGGAAACAGGGAGAAAUGAAAGCUGUCGCUUAAAUAGUGCAGAUACAAAAAAUGUAGAUUUUGCAGGUAGUGUAGCUGCUAUUUGUGGAUCCAGUGAUAAUUCUUCUUCUUCACCAGAUGUUAUUUCUCCUUUUGAUAAUUUGGAGAAUAAUGUCAUAUCAUUAUGUGAUAAAGAUAAAGCCAGUAAGUGCCUAGUGCAAAAUGAUCUUGCUUUUGCAGAUAAUUUAGCCAGUGAAUACUUUGCCCCUUGUCCUUUGUUAGAGAAGGAAGAAGUUACUCCAACUGAUUCCAAAGGACAGAUAGACUGUGCUGUAACACUGCUCAAAGAUCAAGAUCUGCAAAAAGAGCCUCAAAACUUAGUUAGUCAAACUGUAGUACAUAAUCAAAACUUGGGGGAAAUGACUAAACUUAAUUCAAAGCGGGUAUCUUUUAAGCUCCCAAAGGAUCAAAUGGAGGCCUUUGCUGAUAUAUUUGUUACUUCUCAGCCUUAUGUCUCAACCCAGCAACCUCUGUUAACCCAAAAAGGACAGAGUGUCAAUGAAGAUGAGUCAAAACUGUCUAACACUGAAAAUAAGAGUUUAAAUAUUGUUACAGAAAAAUUCUCUGUACCCACGUGUUCAGACAAAUCCAAAAUGCUCAAUAAUGAGAAACAGUGUGCUAUAGUCUGUAAAAAAGAACUAAAGGAAAAUAUUCAGCCAGCUAAAUGUAAUACAGUUAUAGAUAACAACAGUAACACAGGCUUGACUACCCAAGUGGUUCAAGCCAAUACCAAUGCUAGAGAAGCAGGUCCCAUACUUGCAUCUAAUGUUCCAUGUUGUAGUAAUAUCAAGCUGAGUCUGAAUAAUUUGAAUGGAAAACCUGGAGAGUUAGAUUUUCAAACUGCUUACAUACUACCUUCGGAAGAAUUACUCAAAUUAGAAAACAAGGCACUCAAUAAUAUGACUAUUGUACAAUCUACAGAACUAGAUAAUAUUAACAUAACAUCCAGUGAUGCUAAACAUAACAAAGUUAAAGAAAAUAAAAAUUCUCAUAAUGGAGAUGAAACUACCUCUGCACCAUUAAAGACAGUUAAAGAUAAAACGAGAUGUUCUUUGGGAAUCUUUUUGCCCAGAUUGCCAAACAAGAGAAAUUGUAGUGUUACUGGUAUUGAUGACCUAGAGCAGAUUCCAGUAGAUACAACUGCUCUAAGUCACUCAGAAACUCAACCAGUCUCCAGCAAAGAUUCAGGAAUUGGAUCUGUUGCAGCUAAACUGAAUUUAAGUCCAUCUCAGUAUAUAAAUGAGGAAAAUCUUCCCAUAUAUUCUGGUGAGAUUAAUUCCUCAGACUCGAUUAGCAUAGAAAUUGAGGGAAAGGCUUUGAUUGAGAAAUAUCAAGAAGAGAUUUCACCAUCUGAAGACAAAAUGGAAGAAACGAGCAAUAGCCAAAAAAGAACCUGGGUACAAGAAGAAGAUGAUGUUGAAAAUGAGAAAAAAAUCAGAAAAUAUGAGAUUAAGCUUGAGGAUUCUACACAACAUCAGGAGAUUUUUGAUCACCAUACUGAAGGGAAUAUAGAUAAAAAUGCUAACAGUGUCUUGAUAAAAAGACUGAGCAGGACUCCGUCUAGUUCCAGCAGCUCUCUGGAUUCAGUCAAGGCUGAUGGGACCUCUCUGGACUUUAGCAUGUACCGGAAUAGUCAAAUGGAAUCCCAGUUUCUUGGACACACUAUUUGUGAAGAGAGCUUGAGGGAGAAACUCAAGGAUGGGAGAAUAACAGUAAGAGAGUUCUUUAUACUUCUUCAGGUUCACAUCUUGAUACAGAAACCCCGGGAAAGUAGUCUCCCAGCCAAAUUUACUAUAAACACAUCACCUACUCCAGAAGACCUAAUAUUGAGACAAUAUAUUUAUGGACCCAAGAUACAGAUUUAUAGAGAAGAUUGUGAGGUUCUUCACCAAAAGAUUGAAGAAUUAAAAGUGUCUGCAUUGAACCAAGAUAAACUGUUGACUGAUGUAAACAGAAACCUGUGGGAAAAUAUGAGACACUGCUCUGAUGAAGAGCUAAAGGCCUUUGGAAUUCACCUUAACAAAAUAAAGUCACGUUUUACCAAGAUGACUAAAGUCUUCACUCACCAAGGAAAAGUGGCUCUGUACAGCAAGCUGGUGCAGUCAGCUCAGAAUGAAAGGGAGAGACUUCAUAUAAGGAUAGAUGAGAUGAACAAUAUACUUAAGAAGACUGAUAACUGUCUCACUGAGGUGGAAAUAGAAAUUAAGAAUUUGGAGGAUGAAGAGAAAGACAAUUGUAUGGAAGAAUGGCAUUCUGAAAUGAGAGCUGCAGAGAGAGAUCUAGAAGAACUAAAAGCUGAAGAGGAAGAGCUUCAAAGAAAGCUCUUAGAACUGCAGGUACAGAAAGAGCAAACCCUUGCUCAGAUAGAUUUUAUGCAAAAACAAACAAAUAGAACUGAAGAACUACUGGAUCAUUUGAGUUUGUCUGAGUGGGAAGUCAUUGAGUGGAGUGAUGAUCAAGCUGUAUUUACCUUUAUUUAUGAUACCAUAGAACUCACCAUCACCUUUGGAGAGCCAGUAGUUGGUGUCCCUUUCCUGGAAAAGCCUUAUAGGAAGAUUGCUGACCUGAAUUUUCAGUCUUUGCUAGAUGAGGAUAAAGCUCCUUCUUCCUCCCUUUUGGUUCAUAAACUUAUUUUUCAAUACAUUGAGGAACAAGAAUCCUGGAAGAAGAUAUGUACAACACAGCAUCAAGUACCCAAGAUGCUUCAGGAAUUUUCACUGGUAGUGAGUCACUGCAGACUCCUUGGAGAAGAGAUUGAAUUUUUAAAGAAAUGGGGACCAAAUUAUAACCUAAUGGACAUAUAUGUGAAUAAUACUGAAUUGAGGCUUUUAUUCUCCAGCUCUGCAGCAUUUGCAAAGUUUGAAAUAACUUUGUCUCUCUCAGCCCAUUAUCCAUUGGUCCCAUUACCUUUUACCAUUCAAAAUCACCUUGGGAACACUGGCCAAGAUGAAAUUGCUUCCAUUAUAUCUAAAGUGCCAUUAGAGGACAACUAUUUGAAGAACAUAGUCAAGCAAAUUUCCCAAGAUCUACUUCAGGACUGCGACUUCUACCCCUAGACCCAUGGACCACAACUGUAACAACCAAACAAUAGUACACACACUUGGGGUGUUAUGUCAGGGUUUCCACUGCUGUUUAACCUUUUUCUUUAGAUCAAAAAAGCCUGGUAAAAUUUCUCUGACGAUGUUACAGUUAAUUUGUAUGGUUAAUUUUUUUUUUUUUUU